CUCGCGAGUCAGUCUGGCGUGGCGUGGCGUGGCGUGGCGUGGGUAUUGUAGCGCCAAGCGAGAGCACGGGGUGUGGAUAGCACUUGAAGGAGAGCAAGAAAAAAAGGCAAACAACUACACUGAUAUGUUACAUAUCUUGUUGUGCGCGUGUUUCUGAGAUUUUUUUUGAGCUCUGCUUUGCCGCCUUGUGUUUGUCGGAUUUUUUUGCUGCUUUACGGCCGAGUGCUGUAUCCUUGACAACGCGAGCAACUGUCCGGGCAAAGUUUGGAUUGCAGCGAGUGUUUUGCCCAAGAUGUGGAAUAAGCUGUAUAUUUGUCCACAGUAACCAUUUGAAAUGUUUCCGGCACCUUUCCGAACGGUGUUGGUCGGUUUUGAACUAGUUCCGGGCGUCUUGGAAUAUUAAACCAUGCGACGAGGGAACUGGGACAACGCGAAACAAUAGAGAGAGCGCGAGAGAGAGAGAAAGCUCAUCCGUCCGUGGGAGGUGGAUGCCUCGCGGCGGCGUCGGCGGCUUUGUUCUGUCCAGCGUGGAGACCAGCAUCGACGGACCAACAGGGAGCCAAAGUCACACCAUGGAUGGGACUCUUUCCGAGCUGCUGGCAGCCUUCUUGGAGUCGCCACUGGUGUUAUGGGUGCGGACAUUGGGUCCACUGGGGUCUUGUGACGACGCCGGCUCGGAGGAGCGUGUCAACAUGUUCGUGGAGCUUGUGGAUGGCGUCUUCCUGCACAAGAUCAUGACGCAGAUUGACCCCGGUCCAAACAACCAGAGGCUGAACAAGAAUGUGAAUAAUGACGUGUCGCUUCGCCUUCACAACUUGACCCUUCUCACGAGACACAUCAGGACCUACUACCAGGAUAACCUUCAGCAGCUGAUAGUGAUGCCUCUUCCAAAUAUUCUCUCCAUUGCCAGAGAUCCCUUAUCAGCAAAGAGCAUGGAGGAACUGAAAAGAAUUUUACUGUUGAUACUUGGCUGUGCUGUCCAGUGUGAGCGUAAGGAGGAGAUGAUUGAAAGAAUCAAAUUGCUGGACAUUCAGACCCAGGCUGCCAUCGUCUCGCACAUCCAGGAGGUGACCCACAACCAGCAGAAUGUUCUUGAUCUUUCAUGGCUGGAGGAAGGAGCAGGGCUUGCACAGGAAGAGCUCGAACCAUUGUCACGCAGCAUGGCAACGUCUCUACAACAAGUGAUAGCGCAGAGAGACAAGGCCAAUGAGGUCAAUGUGGAUCUUACCCAAGAGAGGGACUACUUGUCCGGCCUGCAUCCCCAGGAAGGACCAAUAGGCAGUGCAGGCCAAGUUUCCGGAGGCGUGUUAGUGAACAACAGAGGAGCAGCCUUGCCCGUGGCCAGUCUCACCAAAGAGGAGAAACAGCAUUUAUCUGUCGAGCUCGCCGACACCAAGGCCAAGCUUCGCAGAUAUCGACAAGAGCUGGAAGAGAAGACUGAGCAGUUGAUGGAUUCCAAGCACGAGGUGGAGCAUCUGGAGCAGGAGCUUCAGAGACUUAAACAAGAGAACCAGUCACUGUCUUGUGAGGCUCGCUCCGUACGAGCGUAUCGGGACGAGGUCGACGCCUUGAGGGAGAAAGCGGCCCGGGUGGAACGACUAGAUACCGAGUUGAUCCGGUGUAAAGAGAAGCUCAAUGAUGUUCACUUCUACAAGACCAGAAUGGAGGAGCUCCGUGAAGACAACCUGACACUUCUGGAAACAAAGGUUUUGCUAGAGGAGCAACUAUCAGUCUCUCGAGGGCGUUGUGAGAAAGUUCACGCUAUGGAGAAGGACAACCUGCUGCUACGAGCUAAAAUCAAUGACUUGGAAAUGGAGAGGGACAGCGAGCGGCAACGCCUGGAGGAGCUGCUGGAGGAGAACAUGCUUCUGGAGAUUGGCCAGAAACAGAGCAUGAACGAAUCGGCUCAUCUGGGAUGGGAACUGGAACAGCUCACCAAAAACCAAGACAAUUCAAACUCGGAGACUCGGAAAUCCUUUGUCCACGAGCUCAAUGAGUGCGUCUCCAGUCGUGUUUUGAAGCUGGAGAAAGAGAACAGGGAGCUGCAGGCCUCCAUUGAGAGACUCAAAGAGGACAAUCACCACCUGCAAGAAAAGCAGCUCCAUAGCCAAGAGCUGGACCGGGAGAACCAGGGCCUCAGUAAAAAGUUGGAGCGUCUGCAGGGCUUGCUGGACCAGGAGAAAAUGACCAACCAAGACAUGGAGUCCCUCGGAGAGGAAUUAUUAAAGGAAAAGCAACAUUUGGAAAGAGGAAUACAUGCUCUCCGAGCCGACAAAGAUAGGCAGAUUUCCCAGUUGGAGAGCGAGAAGCGGCAUCUUUCCGACGCUAUGGUGUCGCUUCGUGAGCGGGCUCAGUCUCACAGUGAAACCAGAGUCCGGGAGGUGGAAGCAGAAAAUCGCCUUCUGCACCAAGGCAUGACCCGUACCAGCGCCCGCUUAGCCAGUAUGGAAACGCAACUUGUGCUUUCCAAAGAAGAGCUGGACAGGCUGAGGGAAAGGGCAGAAAGAUGCAGUGACGUCGAAAGGGAGAUGGCCAAGGUGGAGAGAAACAGGGAUGCUCUCAACAGAGAGGUGACAUCUCUGCGCGCUUGCAGCGAGAGGUCAGAGUUUCUCGAGAAGCAAGUGUCCUCCCUGGAGCAGGAGGUGCACGGAAUGAAACGGGAGGCAGAAGAAGCUCAGCAAGGGCUCCAGCGACUCAAGAAACAGGAAGCUGAAAAUGGCCUCCUCACAAAGGACAACUUGGACCUCCGCUGCUCUGUGGAAAACCUGCGCUCCUCGCUCCUCACAAAGCAACAAGAAGAACGUGAGGUGCAGAAGGAGACGCGAGAGCUGCAGAGGCGAUUGGAGGAGGUCGGAGGGGAGCUGCAAGCGGAGAGGAAAAGAGCAGACAGGCUGGAAGCCAACGUCACCGCACUCAACCAAGAGAAGCAUCGCUUCCAGGGCCACAUGGAGAAGCUUCAAGAGGAAAAGGAAGAAACGGAGAGAGAGAAACGGGAAACAUUGAGUCGGCACCAAGAGCUGAGGAAGGAAGUCGAAGGUCUCAGGCAAGAGCAGAGGAGGAGAGAGGAGGGUGACCAGGAGAGAAGGAAGAUCCUAUUGGACCUGGAACAGUCUGAGAAGGGAAGGAAGCACCUGGAGAAAGAGACUUGGAGGAACAGAAUGCUACUGGAAGCUAAGGAGGCGGAGCUGGAAGAGAAGGCCACUCAGUUGGCUGCCGCACAAAAGGACAGUGGCGAGAUAAGGAAGGAAGUUCAUUUGCUAAAGGAGGUGGCGCUCAAGGCCAAAGACUUGGAGAGGGAAAACAAGGAGCUGCACAAACAGGCCACCAUUGACAAGAGGACUUUGCUUGCGCUGAGAGAGGAGUUGGUGUCGGAGAAGUUGAGAGUCCAGCAGCACAGCGUCGAAUUGGAAAGACUCAACGAAGAACUGGAGAAGGUCGGACUCAACCGAGAAAGACUACUGCAGCGGGAGCACGUGCUGGAAGACAGCAAAUACAAGCUGCUUGAAUCCCGACUGGAGGAAACGGUCCAACAGGCAAUGAGGAUUAAAGAGGGCAAAAUCGGCGCUCUGGAGAAGAAAGUGGAGGAAAGCAACACGCACAAUGCCACACUUCGGAGCCAGCUGGCUACUGCUUUGGAGAACGCAUCUACCUUGCGUCAGGAACAGGAGAGAGACAAAAAGCACAAGUCGCCUGGGUGCUCAGAAGGAGAUGGGCGGAGGGACUCGGCCACUGCCGAGCUGCUCCGGAUCAAAGAUCACCUCAUUGGCAUCGAGAAGACUAAUGCCUCACUUGAGACUCAGAGCACUUUGUUGAAGGAGCAGCUUAAACAAAUGGAGAGCCAGAACAGUUCGCUUAACAACCAGAUGGCGACGCUGCAACGACACACCACAAUGCUGCAGGAGCAGAAUUCAGCUCUGCACACUCAGACGGCGCAACUUCAGGUGGAAAAGUCGACGCUGUCUUCCCAGAGUGCAUCUCUGAUGGCUCAAAAUGCCGUGUUGCAAGGCCAAGUCGGCGCCUUGGAGAAUGAGGUGGAGUCGUGGCAAAGACAGCGAGAGGAGGCGUGGCGAGGGCGAGAAAGCGUUCUCAAUGACCACGAGCGCUUGCUGAGUGUUCACGAAAGGCAAGCGCACGAGUACGAGCAGCUCAUCAGUCAACACGCUGCUCUGAAAAUCAAGCAGAGGACGCUGGAAAGCGAGCACAGAACAAUGCACAGCAAAUAUUGUACUUUGUUGCAGCAGAAAGAGAAAUGGGAUGAAUUAGAAGGGCGGAGUCAGAAGGACAGGGAGGAGCUAAACCAAGAGCACCAGAAAAAUCACCUACUGCAGCAGGAGAACCUUCAACUCAAAGCCGAAGUGGACAGGAUGUCACACAGCAACUCCCAGCAAAGCCAGCAGUGCAGUGCGCUACAGCAGCAGAUGAAUGAACUCAAGAGCUCAUUUAGCAGCGCCCAGCUGGAAGUCAAUCGAUGGACGGCACGCUACGACUCGCUUAUGGAGCAACACCGGGGCCUGGACCUCACUAUGACCAAAUUGGACAACCACUGUGAGCUUCUGAGUCGCCUUAAAGGGAACCUAGAAGAAGAGAAUCAUCACCUCCUGAGUCAGAUCAACCUUCUGAGUCAGCAAAACCACACUUUGCUGGAGAGAAGCAUGGAGAGCAAAGAGCUCUAUCAUCAGGAGCAGAAGCUCUACAUUGAUAAACUGAACGCUCUUCGACGUCAGAAAGAGAAACUAGAAGAAAAGAUCAUGGACCAAUACAAGUUCUAUGACCCUACACCAAAGAAGAGGAGUCAGUGGUCUGGCGCCAAGGCUUUUGCCAAACUCAUCAAACCGAGGAAGGAGAGCAGCAGGGAGCGAGACAAGGAAGAGCGAGAAUGGGCCAAGGGUGCCCCUGACAUCCCCCUACCUUCCCCCCCUCCUUUGCUGCCGCCAGAAAGCCCACCUCUGGGCCCUCAGAGGACAGCAAGUGACAAUGGCCACACCCACAAUAAGCAUCAGAACCAUGGCAACAGCCCAAGCCUGGCUCCCCAGAGUCCAGCAUUGACGCCCAUCGGCCGAGCAGGUGUUAGCGACCGAGGACGAGGGGCGUAUGGUUGCGACACACCGGGAGGCAGCAGUGAGAGUGUCAAUGGAGAAGACGGACCAGGCCUAGCGCAGAGCCACAGAGCUGGUAGUUCCACCCCCAGCCAUCAUUCAUCUUCGGUUGCCCUCAGCGCCUUCAAUGCUCAACUGGGACAAGGCAGCGCUUGUAGGCCCAGAGGCGACCAAGACCAAGAGAGGCAACGUGGUCCCAUGGGAUCAGCUGACUUUAGCCACCACACCUCCAGCUCCAACUCACCGGUCAACUGCAAAGAUGCGUCCGACUGCCACCUCCGGUCAGCCAGCCUGUCCAGCGACGACGUCAGGGGCCUCAGCCAAUCACAGCAGACGUUGUCACGCAGCGCAACUCUCCCAUAUGAUGACACGCCCCAGAGGGCCCAACCGCAGCGUGGAGGCGGAAUCAGGAGUAGGGCUCGCCCUUCCUCUCCUGGAAGUGAGAUGGUGACGUUGGAGCAGUUUCUGCAAGAGAGCACCCUGAAGUCGUCACCACCACAAAGGGUGGGAAGCAGAGAAGACUUUAUGCCGGAAUACUUCAGCAGAAGUCCAGCCUCCCCAGGUCCCGGGGGCCGAGAUCAGGCCACCCCCACCAGCUACGUGGCGCCCACCGUACACGCAUCAAACACGCAGAGGCCGGGCCAAAGCGUCACGCCGUCCUCGCAAGCCUCCGGCCGACGACCUGUGACCCUAAGCAGGACAUUCAGCCUGGCCUCUGCCGAUUUGCUCCGCUCCGACGGGCCGGAGGGUUUUCACGGGAACCGGUCGGACGGCGUGGUCCGGAGGCCAGGGGCUAAUGGAAGGGAGAGGCCGCUGUCUGCCCGUAUGGCGAGCGAUCGGCACGGCGGCCUCCUCAACUCGCCCGUUCACCAUUCGUCUUCUCUCACGCUGCAGACAGACGGAUGUGUGGAGAGAGGAAGGAAGGAGGGCCUUCCUUCGUCAUCUUCCGUUGCCAUGGUAAGCCCCGUGAGGGCCGCGCCCGCCGCUCCGCUGGACCCUGCCUCGGAACACGGAGAGGAGCGCGCCGGUGACAAAGCUAGCGAGAGGGUGAGAUGUGACUCUGCGGAAGGGCCAAAAAGCACACCGGCUUCCCCUGACCCCAACAACGACCCCCAGACUGUGUGGUACGAGUACGGCUGCGUCUGAAGCCAAGACGGAAUAUUCCGUCGAGUCCGAGACGAGAACUCCGACCGCGGUCCAUUUCGGUCCAGCCUUCCCACUUUGGAUGAAGCCGGAUUUGCACAAUGGCUCCCGAGUUGACCUUUUAUCUCAAAGGCUGAUGCUGAAACAUCACAUCAGUCGUUUUAGUGGGUGCUGAAAUGGAGAAAGAGAGAGAGACAUGGGAGGGUGGGGGACGUGAGCGUAGCAAAAUAAACAGUGGGGAAUGGAAGGCUUCUGCAAAUGAGGCUCAGUCCGAGUCAACGCCACGCCACGGUGGAGUUUGACAAGCCGCCAAACGCUCGAUUCAGGGGGAUUGGGAGCCAUCAUACGAGCGAGCGAACGAGCGAGCGAGCGAGCGAACGAACAAACGCUCGCUCGCUCGCCCCUUCGACACUGCGGCUUUUGCACCAACUAGCAGUAGAAACAUGAUGGGAUUUUGAAAUGAAAACAUCCAAAUGUGAAGGCGGUGGUUGAGGUGUCGAACGAUGGACGGAAGCUUUUCUGCAAGCUCAUUGGAGCUAAAUACACAAAGCACUUUGGCAAAAUGCCUGAAAGUGUAGCAUUUUUAGCCCGUUCCGUGUUUUUUUAAGCAGAAAAAAAAAGAUGACAGUUUGGCAUGAGCUUGAAUCUACUGGAAGUGGUUGAUUUUGAACAUGGCCACAUUCCCCCAUCUCAUGGAAAAGGUUGUGCAAAGAGGAUGAAGAGGCAGCGAGAAAGGUGAUGAUGUUCCUAAAUGUCCUGUUAAUGAAGCUGAUUUUCUGCCCUUAUUUAUGGACUGCUGCUGCCUGUAACUACAAAUCUUGUUGGCGGCAAAGACUGAAAGCUACAAGAUGUUUACACUGGAGAUGAUGAUGAUGAUGAUGAUGCUGAUUUGUGGAAGCGGUCUUUUUUUCUUUCAGCCCCCCUGUGGGCUGUCAAGCACAUUUCUACAUGUAUGCAACACGCAAAAUGAUUGCAAAUGGACAUACUGGAAACGGAAAUUGCGGCUUUUGUAAACUUUGAUGAAUUGCACAGUUGAGCUACCAACGAAGCGCCGGGCAAUAAUUCCACUGGAAAUGUGGCUAUUUUUAGAUGAUGAUACGAAUUCAAAGUAGACGUAAGGGUAAUUAGUGGCUGAUAUGCUAGAAUGUGACAACCUGUGCUUGAUGUCAGUGGCGUGGCUUUCCCUUUCCUGCCUUUUACUCAGCUUUCUGACGUCUGCGCUCAAGGCAGGCUGAAGUUGCUGAUGUCAGAAGAAAAUAAAUUCAAUUCCUCCAGGCUAUUCUUUUUUUACAUACUAACACACACACUGUGUACUGCUCUUCUGGCUGUGCAUGUGUUGGCAUUGCUGCACUCUUUUUUUUGUCUGUCCACCAAAAUGCCCCUCAUGGAUGUCAAAGACACUUUCCUGUUGCCACUGGAAUAAAAACUUGUGUGGUUCUCUCUACUAA